AUGUCAGAUAUUGAUCAAAACGAAACCAGUAGUUCUGACAAUCUUAUAGAUCUAGAAAGUAGUGUUAGUGUCCCUUCUAGCGGGGAAUUAUACGAACCUUCUGGCGAAUUCGACUCCGAUGAUAGUAGGUACAGCAAUAUAUCUCAGUCGGAACAUGUUUUAGAUAGGACGAACAAUUCUAUAGGUAUCACUGACUCGGUUCUCGAAGACGCGAGAAACUUACUUAAAUUAACUCUUAAUCAAAAUCAAGUAGUAAAGAAAACAAUUAUGUCAAAGUUUAUGACGACACACCAAGCUUUAAACUUGAUCCCUUUGUUCAAUGGGGAAAAUGCUGAUGAUAGUUUUGCAUUUCAUAAUGCAUGCGAAUAUGCGUUACAAAGCAUCGACCCAGCAGAGAAAGAAAAUCUAAUUAGGGGUAUAACAACUCGAUUAAUAGGCAAGGCCAUACGUCCAUUUAGACAUAAAAAACCUACCACUUACAAGGAACUUAAGGAAACUUUAGACCUCACUGUUAACAAAAAACAAACGUUAACGCAUUUACAUUCGAAAUUAUCAACAUUUAAGAUAGCUUCGGGGGAGUCUAUUUAG